CUCUCUCUCUCUCUCUCUCUCUCUCUCUCUCUGUGAUCUUUCUCUAAUACCAUACCACUACCAAACUCCCCAUAUGUUGUAUAUAUGCAGGGAAUAGUUAGUUUACUUGUCUGUCUUUUUAAUUAUUUAGUUCAGAAAGUGUUCACCAGAGGCCUCAGCCAACCAUCUCUACCUGCAAAAAUUAGAACUUCAUCUGUUUCCUUCCCAAUUCACUUCUAAACUUCUCAAUUCUCUUGGUUUGGCAGUGAUGGGGACUCUCUUCCAAAACUUUCUCUCUGGUAAUGCACCCAUGAAAGUACCGAGACUGUCCGAUAAGAAGCACGGAAUGUGCUUGGGGAGGAGGAGAAAGAGCCUUGUCCAUUGCCAGAGCAGUGGGAAUGCUGUGAAGUCUGGUGGCCUUGCUUCUGUUUUCACAGAAAGAUCGAAUCUGGCGAGCUCAGAUCAAAGCGCAGCUUUAAUGGAUGCUGGAAGCUUGGUUUUGACCCCAAAUGGGAAGAGCCAAGGAGAUAUUGCAGUGAAGGAUUUGGUGCCUUAUGGUGGUGGAGAAACAAAAUCUUUAGUAGGGGUGCAAGAGGGUAUUGGAAUUGUCAAAUUCCUCCGAGGGAAGAGUUUCUUUGUAACUGGUGCAACUGGGUUUCUGGCAAAAGUUCUCAUUGAGAAGAUUUUACGGACGGUUCCGGACGUGGGCAAGAUUGUUCUCUUGAUCAAGGCCAAAAACAAAGAGGCUGCAAUGGAAAGAUUGAAAAGUGAAAUUGUGAACUCAGAUAUCUUCAAGUGCCUCCAACAAGUUCAUGGGAAGUCCUAUCAAGCUUUCAUGCUAAGCAAGCUGGUUCCUGUGGUAGGAAAUGUCUGUGAAUCCGAGCUUGGAUUGGAAAAAGACUUAGCUGAUAUGGUUGCAAGAGAUGUUGACAUAAUUGUAAAUUCUGCUGCAAGUACAACCUUCGACGAAAGGUAUGAUGUUGCUGUUGACAUAAACACAAGAGGACCGUGUCGACUUAUGAGCUUUGCGAAGAAGUGCAGGAAGCUCAAGCUCUUCCUGCAAGUCUCAACAGCUUAUGUUAAUGGGCAAAGACAAGGAAGAGUUAUGGAAAGGCCAUUCUGCAAAGGAGAUAGCAUAGCAAUGGAAGGUUUCUUCUCUGAAACCUCUAGAGCCCUUCCUAAGUUGGAUGUUGAAGGUGAAAUUAAGUUGGCCAUGGACUCAAGAGAAGCUUUUGAAGAAAAUUUCAUGAUGCCCCAAAAAAUGAAACAGUUGGGUUUAGAGAGGGCAAAAAAAUAUGGAUGGCAAGAUACCUAUGUGUUCUCAAAGGCUAUGGGAGAAAUGCUGAUUGACAACAUGAGGGGAGAUAUUCCGGUAGUCAUAAUCCGACCUAGCGUUAUCGAGAGCACUUACAGGGAACCGUUUCCAGGAUGGAUGGAAGGAAAUAGGAUGAUGGAUCCCAUUGUCUUAUACUAUGGAAAAGGGCAGCUCACAGGUUUCCUAGCAGACCCCAAUGGGGUCCUUGAUGUAGUGCCAGCCGAUAUGGUCGUGAAUGCUACUUUGGCAGCCAUAGCCAGGCAUGGAACCGCCAGAGAACCCGAAAUCAAUGUGUACCAGAUUGCUUCGUCGAUGGUAAACCCUCUGGUUAUCCAAGACCUGGCCAAACUUCUCUCUGAGCAUUUCAAUUCUCUGCCUUGCAUGGACUCAAAAGGGAGGCCUAUCCACGUUCCAUCCAUGAAACUCUUCCACUCCAUGGAAGAUUUCUCUUCUCAUCUUUGGAGGGAUGCGAUUCGGCGAAGUGGGUUGACAGCUAUGGCCUCUCCAAACGGCAAACUGUCCCGGAAACUCGAAAAUAUGUGCAGAAAAUCAGUGGAGCAAGCCAAGUACUUGGCUAAUAUUUAUGAACCAUACGCCUUCUAUGGUGGAAGGUUUGAUAACAGCAACACCCAGAGGUUGAUGGAGAGGAUGUGCGAAGAAGAGAGGAGGAAGUUUGGAUUUGAUGUGAGGAGCAUAGAUUGGAAAGAUUACAUCUCAAAUGUGCACAUUCCAGGCCUAAGGAGGCAUGUCAUGAAGGGGAGAGGAAUGUGUAGCUAAAGCUAAAGCCAUGGCAUGCUUUUGUCACCUGUUGAUUUAUUAUAGUGCUGCAAUUAUUUGUAAUAGCUUAGGCUCUCUCUCUCUCUCUCUCUCUCUCUCUCUCUCUCUCUCUCUCUCUCUCUCUCUCUCUUAAUUUUCCCAUUAUAGGGUGCCCUUUAAAGUGAGGGCAAGAAGUGUUGCCCAUUUUAAGAUGUAAUUUCAUGUCCU